UUCCAAGCUCUAAACAUAACAUAUACACAACUUCAGCUGCGUCCAAAAUAGCCAGAAUACUUCUCUUCCAACCAAAUUCCCACACUCUUUUUACUAUUGAUUCAAUACCGUAAUUAACCCUGAACUCAUAAAAUAUAACACCAUUUUUUUACUGCACUGCCACUAACAGAUACGAGGGAUUCCUGUAGAUCUCAUUAAUACGAAAAGGGGCAGCCGCGCGCCUCAUUCUUCUUCUCUACAAUAGAUAUCUCAAUCAAUUGGAACCAACUACUUCACCACUUUCACUACUGUCACUAUUAACUAAUUUCACCACUUUCACCGCUUUCAUUACCGUAGCCACCUUUACUACACUAAUAAUUUACUUGUCGCUCCCACAAAAAGAAACAAAAAAUGGCUUUCACCAAUGGAGUUACAAAAGGUCUCUUUGGACCUGAGCUCGUCUCCCCUGAAGUUGCCAAAUCCCUUCCCGAAUCAUAUACUCUUCGCGCAUUACAAAAGUCCGAUUAUGCCCUCGGCUUCUUAGAUGUUCUACGGGUCUUGACUGUCGUUGGGGAUAUCACCGAAGAGCAAUGGAAUGAGCGGUAUGAUUGGUACAGCAAUCAAGGAAAGGGUGGUUAUUAUCUGUUGGUUAUUGAAGAUCAGGGGAAGAUUGUCGCUACUGGUGCUCUGAUUGUAGAAAGAAAGUUGUAAGUACAUCUAGACGUACUAAGGUUCUACUCAUGGAGCGAUGAAUACUGACGUAUUAAUAGCAUUCACAACCUCGGUCUUGUGGGUCACAUCGAAGACAUCGCUGUUGCGAAAGAUCAACAAGGAAAGAAGCUUGGAUUGAAGAUGAUUCAAGCUCUUGACUUUAUCGCGGAGAAGACUGGUUGUUAUAAAAGCAUACUGGACUGUAGUGAAGCCAACGAGGGAUUUUAUGUUAAAUGUGGUUUCCGGAGAGCUGGAUUGGAAAUGGCGCAUUACUACGAGCAUUGAUGACAAGCAUUGAGAACAAGCAUUGAGAUUAUAGGAUUGGAUAUACAGGUAUAUUUCGCACUGGUAAGGUUGGGAUUGGGAUUAAACAUAGAACGUCAUAGAUGGAAGGUUAAAAGGGCACCACAUGCAGGUUUGAUUUUGGUUAAGAGUAGGCCAAAUACUUCCUGAAAAUUCAAAACAAUGCAUGUUAGAUUACUGGAAUUUCGCUCAUCAUCUGUCUGUUCAAAUUUCAUUAUAUCU